GUGCCGUGGGGAAUGGGGCCUGCUCCACCCCUGCCUGUACAAGUCCCGCGACCCCCUGCGUGUUGCCUGCCGCCUUCCUGCUGUUCUCGCGCCAGGAGCACAUUGGCCGCAUCUCGACCGAGUACAAGGUCAACAACGGGGGCUGCUCCCACCUGUGCCUGGCCCAUCCUGGCAGACGGGGCAUGACCUGUGCCUGAACCACCCACUACCAGCUGGCCAAGGACGGGGUCUCCUGCAAGAACUACAUCAUCUUCAGCCAGAGGAACAGCUUCGGCCGACUGCUGCCGAACACGACAGACUGCCCGAAUGUGCCGCUGCCAGUGUCCGGCAAGAAUUUCCGCGCCGUGGAAUAUGAUCCGAUCUCGCAUUACAUUUACUGGAUCGAAGGCAGGAGUCACAGCAUCAAGCGUUCUCUGGCAAAUGGCACAAAGCUUCCUGGGUGAAUCCGUAGGCGUCAACGACACCGGGGACUCGGAAAAACCUGGCCCCAUUGCCACCUUGGAGAGAUUUAUGUACUGGCUGGAGGACAAGCCGGAGUGGAACGAUGGCUGUCAACGGCGUUGUUCCGUGGAGCUGCAUCGUCUGUCGCAGUUCACCGACAUCCGGGCCGUGUGGACACCGGAUGCAAAAGUGCUGCGCAAUCACACGUGUCUUCACAGUAGCCCAAAUUGUUUCCACAACUGAGUAGCCAGCGGGGUGUGACACGGAGUACUCACGACGUCUGCUCGUGCCCCAAGCAUCUGAUGCUACUGGGGGACAAGCAGAACUACGGCGUGUAUCCGGCCAGAUAAUUUUAAGUGGCCGGAGUAGUGACAUGAGCAACGACUGUAUAUCCGCCUUCUGGCGCUGUGACUAAAUGACUGCCCGGAGGAUCAGUUCUGCUGACAGCCGAGGGCAGCGACAAGGCUCUGAUAUGCGAUGGUACCACCUGCGACAACUGUGAUAACAUCCACGAUGGGGCCGACUGCUGCAAGCGUCCAAGAGACAUUCAGUGUCCCAUUAACAAGGCGGCGAAUGGCCCUGCCUUGGAUAUUCUUGCACAUCGAGCCAAAGAAUCGAGCGCAAAUGGCUCCAUCGAAGAAAUUAAAUAAGGCAGUAGGCAUAUCCAAAAAUAAUGAAUAAUGACAUGAAUAAUAAUAAUUUUAUUGUUGUUAUGGUCUUGCAGUUUUUCAAAGGCAGUUAGCGGAAGCGAUGAUGGAUAAAGGUGGGCUGAGAGGACUGCAUUUGUUGAUCUAUCUUCUUAGCCUUUUCCACCAUUUCGUGCAAAUCGUAUACGCCAAGACCUAUUAAAAAGAAAGCAUAUGAGCGAAUAUAUACAAAUGUAUAUGCUAUGAACUUACCGUGCACCGUCUGAUCGUGCUCACCACUUGAAUCCACUUUCAUAAAGUAUUCUUCAAUAUCGACAUGGCUUUGCAUUGCGGCUACACAAGAGGCGGG